CAGGUGUGACCACACUGGUCAACGCUGAACACCACAAGGCUGAGUGUCCUUGGACUGGCUGUAUGCACACAGAUGACCUUGGACAGGAUGUAGUUGUGAGAUAUAGUAGUUUCAGGAUAUGGACGGGGCAGACAGUGUGCAUCUGAGCUGUGAGCAGGCCCAUGAACUGAUCAGUGUCCUGGAGUCCACAAGGGAGAUAAUCCUGAAUUACAUUGACAAUGUUGAGGAAUCUCAGCCCCACAUCGCGAGAACGAGUCAAGGAUGUAAUGGCAGUCACUGUCCCCCGUGUCUUCGGACACUCAAGCAGAAAGUUUUCCCCAAGAUCUCGAAAAACAUCACAGUUGUAACCAUUGUCCUCCAGGCCUUGAAUUUGGUGAUCCUCACAUUGAUUGACUUCUGGCCCAAGAAGGAUGACCAGACUGUACUGAUUGCGAGUGCUACAUCCAUGAUAUUGCUGCAGGUGUUGAACCUGAUCGCACUUGUGUAUACUUCAGUGUUCUUGGCCAAGUUGUUGACAAGGCGGCGAGUGACCGCCUUCGUCCUGGCACAGAACUACAUAUCUUCCCUCUUCCUGUUUGCUGGCCUCUACACACUUACCUACAGGCUUCAGCCGUCCUCAUGGAAGUUUAUCCAGGAAGAUCUGAACUCUGAUCCUGUCUUAGUGGCCGUCCUGUAUGCCAAAUUCCUCUUCUUCUCCGUUUCCACGGCAACAUUAUGUGGAUCUGACAAUGCUCUGCCCAAGGACUGGUACAACUGUCUUUUUGCUGCAGCUCAGAUGUUGCUAAGUUUCGUCUACUUCGCCUCCAUUCUGAGUCAGUCCAUGACGCCAAAACUUGCCGACAUUAUUCGGAAUACGGAGUCCCUGCCAGGCCCAAGGUCAUCCCCAAGGCCAAGGUCAUCCCUGUCCGGACGGAGAAACCAUGGUUCUUUCGGCAGUCGAGAAAGUGUGGAUCGCCAAUACUCAAUCAAUGACAACCAUGUGGUGAACGUUGAUGACGAAAUGAUCACGUGACAGGGCGUGAGUCACGGACAAGAGACAUCACCUGUGUUCAUCUAGUCAUGACGUACAGACACUCCAUUCUACAACUAUCUAGUGCUGCUAGUGUCUUUCUAGCCAGAACAAAACGGGGCUUGCUGUUAGUCCAACUCAUGCAAACAUUCUGUGCGUGCACUGGCACAUCUAGGGGUGGGGAG